GCCAUGUAAUUUUAUUCUAAUAUUUUAAAAGUAUUUAUUGCAAAUUUUAAUUAAAUUGGAUUUAAAAAUAUUAGAAAUUUUUCUUCCAUUAUUUAUUUUAAUUAAGAAUAAAAUUAAUUUAAAGGAAUUGCAAUCAACAAGGUUGGUAGCAAAUAAACUUGGAUAUUUGGGUUUGUUGCUUGUCAGCAUUGUGGGCCUGUUGGUGUCAAUUUAAUAAAAAUGUACAGAAGUUGUUCAUAUUGAUAUACAUAUUAAUGAAAUUUUGAAAAGUUGGUAAUAAAUUUACCGUGAUAAAUACUAUUAUUAAUACAAAUUCAAAAUAAAAUUUAAAAAUUUAAAUAUAUUUAAAAAAUGGAAAUUUGUGAAAACCUGAAUGAAUCAAUCAAAUUUGCUGGAACUCAAGUUGCACCAAUAAAAUGUUUUUUAUGCGAUAAAAAUUUUAUGGUUGGUGACGAAUCUUAUUUAUUAUUCGCGAAAAGAUUAGCAGAAAAUGAAGAGGACGAUGUUCCAAUGGCAACUGUAUUGAGUUCAGCAGUUGGAGUUGAUAUAAAUGAAUCUAGUGCUCAUUCAAAAGUUUUAUGCCACAAUUGUAAUGAAAUAAUUUUAGAAUACGAGCUAAUUGAACAACGAUACAUACAAUUGAAAUUUAAAUUAAUAAAAGAUUACAAUGAUGUGGUAAGCAAAUAUGAAGAUACUAUUUUGUAUGAAGUGAAUGAUGGUAAUGAUGACCAAGUUAUAAUUAACGAUGACAAUGAAACCACCGAAACAGAAUCAUCAAAAAUAGAAUUGACUGCAUUAGAUAAAAAUGUUAUUUAUGAAUAUUUAAUGGACAAUGGUUUUGUAGCUGUUAGUUCUAAAGAUGAUAUCAAAGAAAAUUUUAUUGAAUUACAAGAAAAUUGUAAAAGUGAUCUUUCAAAAUUCGAAAAUGGCUUAGUUAACGAGAUAGAGGAAAAUCAGAACAAUGAUGAACAUUUAAAUGUUAUGGAAAAUAAAAAUUCAGAGAAUGAAGAUGCACAUUUUGAAAGAAUUGUUGAACAAAAUCAAUUUACUGCAGACGAAAAUACAUUAGAUGAUGGGGGAGAUUCGCAGUCUUUACAAUUCAUAACAGAUGAUAAUGCAUCUUUAAAGUCUAGCGAUUUCACAAGUUUUGAUCUUGAAUUACAUCAGAAACCAAAAUCUGUAACAACUGAAGAUGCGAGACCAUCAUUUGCAUUCGAUGGCGAGAAAUUUUUUUGUUUAAUAUGUGGAGAUAAUGAUAGUGAAAGUGAAACUAAUUUGGCUGAAAGUUUUGACAAUAAGAGUAUAGCAGUUCACUUAAAAGAAAAGCAUGACGUUCUGUUAUUUGUGUGCAAUUGUUGUGGCGGCGGAUUUUCUAAAAAAGCAGAUCUUCUUGAGCAUGGGAAAAGUGGAAAAUGUGGUGAAUAUGAAUGUGAAGUAUGUUUCCAGAAAUUUGAUAAUUUAAAGAACUGCCGAACACACAAAAAAAUUCACUCAUAUUCAUUGCAAUGUUCAAUUUGUAAGAAGAAAUUUUUAUCAAAGAAACUAUUGGAUGAACAUUUGAAUGUUCAUAGUGGAAUUAGGCCUUUUAAAUGUUAUGUGUGUGGGAAAAAUUUUACUGCUAAAUACGCUUUGAAUUCUCAUAUGAAAAUUCAUGCUGAAAGGGAAAGACCAUAUUCAUGCAAUAAAUGUAAUAAAUCAUUUUUUACUGCAGCAAAUCUCGUACAGCAUAGCAAAACACAUUCCAGUGUCAAAGAGUUUUCUUGUGAUAUUUGUGAAAAAAGUUUUGCUACCCAACAUAAUUUAGAAAUACACAAAAUUGUUCAUACUGGUCAUAAGCCAUUCUUGUGUAGAACUUGUGGAAAAUCUUUUGCCAGGAGAACAGAAAUAACGGAUCAUGAGAGAACACAUACUGGAGAAAGGCCUUUUGAAUGUGAUAUAUGUGGAAUGAAGUUUGCCCAAAGAUCAAAUUUAUCAACGCACAAAAAGUCAACACAUUUUAAUGAGAAAAAACAUAAAUGUGAUACUUGCGGGAAGAGUUUUAAGAGAAGAAGGUUAUUGGAUUAUCAUAUACAGGCCGCUCACACUGGAGAAAGACCAUACAAAUGCGAUUCUUGUCAUUCUACUUUUGUUUAUCCAGAACAUUAUAAAAAACAUUUACGAAUCCAUUCUGGUGUUAAACCAUAUUCAUGUGAAGUGUGUGGAAAAUCUUUCAAUUCAAGAGAUAAUCGAAAUGCUCACCGAUUUAUUCAUAGCGACAAGAAACCAUAUGAGUGUUUAACUUGUGGACAAGGUUUUAUGAGAAAACCUUUAUUAUAUAAUCAUAUGCAAUCAGUUGGUCAUAUUAACGACACCAUAGUUGUAAAUCAGCCACGUAUAAAACAAACGUUGGAAACGAGUAUUAAUGAUUUAGAAAAUGGUGAAAUUCAAAUAAUAAAAGAAGAUAGCGAUUAUAAAAUGGUUAUGGAUAGUCGAGUAAUAUUAAAAGAUGAUAGUGAUGAGAUAGACGAAAUAAUUUUAGAAGAAGAACAUUUAAUUGACGGAAUGGAGGAUAAUCAGGAAAAUUCUAUAAACCAAACAUUAAAUGAGAAUGAUGAUGAUAACCUUAUUGAUGAGGAAACCUUGCCAGAUGAAUCCUAUUCAAUUAACAAAUAUUUAAAAAAAAUAAUUUAGUUUAAAAUUUUCGUAAGAUUUUUUGUUUUUUUUUAUAUUAAAAAUUUAUAUUGUAGUUAUUUUCAAAUUUAUUUUAGAAAUUAAGUAGCUAAAUAUCGAAUUAUACAAAAAUAUUGCACAUAUUAAUUCAGUUUUAUUUUAUAUUCAUAUAAAAACAUAAUGAUUAAAUAAAAUAAAAUAAUAUAAUUUAACAUAGAAAUAAGGCUAUAUUGAGUGCAUGAAUAAAGAUAUAUGUAUGGAUGUUUAUAAAAUUUCGAUAUUCUUUCGAAUAUUACGGAACUGCAUAAGUAAUGCACAGUUUGUUAUAAAGGUAAAGGAAGGAAAGACUUGAUUAAAAGCGUAAACGAAAGAAAGUUGAUUUAUAUAAUUGCAUAUUUAUUUUGACCAAAACUCAUUCUUUCGAUACUUAUGCGUAUGUAAAAUCUUACUCUUAAAUAAAUAGCAAUUUCUUGAGCAAA